GUCAGGUCAGGUUCUCUGUGGUCCCUCUCGUGGCAGGCUAAGUCUCAAGUCACAUUUCCCAAACUCUCCACUCCCUUGGGCCUCUCUGGUUCAGUUGCUCCCCAACACCCCCUCGCGGUAUUCCCAGUGCACCUCAAACUUAGUGCUGAAAUGUCCAUUUAUUGAGUUCCUCCAUCCUUUCUACAAACAUAUCAUCUGACUGUGGUUCUAAACUAAUAAUCAAAGGUCCUCCAAUUGCCUUAUCUCCAAAUAUUAGAUUGGUGAUUGGCUUAAAUCACCAUUAAAUUCCUAAUCCUUAGGUGGGAUUCCAGGUCAUUUAUGCAUUUUUACUUAUAGCCACAUCAAAGAGACAAAAGGCUGGUCACGUUUUUUUGAGACAAUACAAGGGUGACAGGGAGAAGGAGGAUGCAAUGACUCCAGGGUGGUCUUGCCUGACCCGGAAAUGAUUUGAACAUAAAAAGGUCAGGUCAGGCCAUGUUGUAACUGAGCUUCUGUCCCCUUGAACUUGUGUGUCAAGCCUCGUCUUGACCUUUAAUGAAUUCCUCUCUGUAGCAUUUCUGUCCCCAUGAUGUGGCAUUGGGGUUGCACUUCAAGUAAUAGUGGUUUGCAAGAAAAAGCAGGCAGGAGAGACAUUAAGAUGUGUUGGCUAUUACAAUGUACCAGGCAAUAGGAUAGGCACUUCUCAUCUUCCAUUAAACUCAGAAGAAAGGUGGUUAUUAUUAUUAUUAUCAUCACUAUUACUAUUACUCCCAUUUUACAAACUAGGAAACUAACAGGAAGAGAGGAGAGAGGUUAAAUACCUUGAUCAAAGUUACAGACAGUAAGUGGUAGAGGUUACUUACCCUGCAGCCAAAGUUAGCCUAAUUUGAAAAAAAGAUAGGAAGAACAAAUAUCAAUAUUACUAAAGAGAUUGCUGGACACUUGAAAAAGCACUUGCUGAGUUUUGCAACUGAGACUGCCAUGUUCAGGAGGCUUAGGCCUCUCUCAAAAAACAAACAUAGAAAUGGAAACAAUUCUUUCUUCUUCCCAGAGCUUUUCGGUUAGAGAGUGAGCCUGGCAUGCUGGUUUCUGCAGCCUUUCCUGGGUAGGGCUGCAUCUUGGAGGGCAGGGAUUCUUCCACACAGAAAAGCUGCUCAUUGUGCUUAGGAGAUAGAGUAGAAAUAAAUAGGAUUUUCCUCCAAGAAAAAGAGGUUUUGAUGGAUUGAAAUCACGUUGGUGGCAGACUAAUCCUCGGUCUCUUUGUUACCUUGGCUUUUGUUAAACAAUGUCCAGUUACUACCUGUAUCUUUAUGUUCUUUAGAUAAAUUAUGUGUAAUUGUCAUUUCCGACAUGUUCCAUGAGCCAAAUGAAAAGGGAUCUAAAAAUACAAUAUAUCUGGAAUUAACCUCAUGGUUUUUCCAUGAGUUCUUUCUUUAUCCAGGCAAACUUCUUUUCCCAGAGGUGCUGACUUUAUUUCAUUUCCCAAAGCAAGGAUGGGAAACAGCCUUGCUUACUAUCCCAACUGUUAUGAUUGUGACUUAGCUAUGCAGAUAGGCACACAUACUGGGCAACCUGAGCUACAUCAGAGAGGCUAAUGGAGGUGACAUACACAAUGAUGCUUUGUCAAAAACCCUGCUGCUCUUUUAAAUUAACUCCAAUUUGUUUUUAAUAGGAGUUGUGUCUCUAGGAGAAAUAUAUUUGUGUUCUCUCAUUGCAGAAAAGGUGGAUAAUAGCACUUAACUCAUUAGAAGGCAUUGUCAAACUCAUUAUCCUAGUGAUCCUCAUGAUAACACUAUGUGGUAGGUAUUAUUAUCCCAGUUUUGUUGCAAAGGGAUGUAAAGACUGAGACCCAGAAAGGUUAAAUGGCUUUUAUAAUCUCAUACAAUGAUCAGGUGAUACAUCUAGGGUCACAAUCCUAUCAAAACCCAUUGCACUGGAGCGGAAUCCAGCAUGAUUAUGGCAGGCAGAGAGGUAACUAAAUAAGACCUUUGCCAUUUUGCAUUUCAAUUUUCGUUGGCCUCGUCACUCUUAAAAUCAUAUGCAAUAUUCUAAUAUGAUCUUGUCAGCACUCACACAUAAAUACUUCAGCUCUCUGAAUUUUUAAAUUCUUUCAUAAUGGUUUUUCUAAAAAUAUAGUAAUAAUAGUAAUAGUCAUAAUAAUUGCUAAUAUGAACUACUUGUUAGGUAACUUAUAAGCAUUUUACUCACACUGUAUCAUUUAAUAUUUUCAGCGAUCUAAGAUUAAGUAUGCUUUGUAUCCUCAUUUUAUUCAUGAAAAAAUCAGGCUUUCAGAUUUUAAGUAUCUGGCCCAAUAUUUAACAUCUGGUUGCAGAAGAGGUAGGAACCUAUACUCGUGAAUUCUACACUAUUUGGUAUCUUAGAUAUAAACUUUGAAGAUCAUCUUAAAGUCAAGAGUGAUAAUUUUGAUAGAAACUCUAUAGUGCCCCAGUCUUUCAAACCAAACUAAAACUCCAAAUUUAAAUAAGACAUUCUAUUCUCCUUCCAUGUUUAUUUCAAAACUGGAUUUCAGGUUACUUCCAGCUGGCCAGAUUUCUUAAUACAUUUUUAUUUACAUAUCUCUUGUUAGUUUCACAUCUCCCUUUGCUGGUGCAAUGCUGCAAAUGAGAUUAAAUGGUAGCACAAAGUGCAAAACUAGGAGUUACUAACUUUUUAUUGGAUUACUUUGAGCAGGUGGGCUGAGCUUGUGGUAGAAAGAAAGGAAACAAAAAGAGAAGUACCUCAAAGGGAAAAAUAAAACAUAGAAUGUGGAAGAGAGAAACAGGGUGGAAAGGAGAGGAUGGCCGGGCGUGGUGGCUCAAGCCUGUAAUCUCAGCAUUUUGGGAGUCGUGGUGAGCUUAUCACUUGAGGUCAGGAGUUCGAGACCAGCCUGGCCAACAUGGUAAAACCCUGUCUCUACUAAAAAGACAAAAAUUAGCCAGGUGUGGAGGCACACUUCUGUAGUCCCAGCUACUCGGGAGGCUGAGGCAGGAGAAACUCUUGAACCCGGGAGGUGGAGGUUGCAGUGAGCCGAGAUGGCACCACUGCACUCCAGCCUGGGUGACAGAGUGAGACUCUGUCAAAAGAAAGAGAGAAAGAGAGAGAAAGAAAGGAGGGAAGGAAAGGAAGGAAGGAAGGAAAGAAGGAAAGAGAGGAGACUGAAGGGCCAAGGAGGGCAUACAAUGGAAGAUGAGAGCUGUGCUCCCGGGAGGCUUGUACUCAUCAAGAAAGAAAGGAGAAAGGGGGGGAAGAGAAGAAAAAAAAAGAAUAAAGAAAGGAGAGAUGAAGGAAUAAAGGGAAAAAAGUAGAAAGGAAAGAAGGAGAAGGGAGAGAAGAAAGUAGGAUGGAAAAAGAAAGGGAGGGAGGAAGAGAAGGAAGGAAACAGGAAAGGAAGAAAGGAAGGAAAAAUGGAAAGAGGGAGGGAAAGAAGGAAUGAGGGGACAGAUAAAGCACUUGAUGGAUGGAGGGAAUUUAAACCAAAAGAAAGAACUGCAGUAUCAUAUCUAUUGAAAUCUACCUGGUCCCACAGCUCCCUGUCUUCAGGCUCCCUAUCGAAAAAAUUGGUUUAUAGCUUUAAAUCAAGGGUAACUGCUGAUUUGUAAUGUGCCAAAUUCUGCUAAGAAAUUAGCUUACUGGUGGCCAUCUCUGAGGUUACCUUUAUAGCCUGACAGGAAGAUUUGCCAGUGGGUUUUCUGAUGGAAAAUGCCACAGACAGCCACCAUGAGAAAUCCAGCAGCCAUUGAGGAGGCCGCAACAUUGAGACUUCUCUGGGAAAAGUGUCACCCCCAUUGAACCCUGCAGGACGUAUGACUGGUCAUUAUGUCUCAUGUGAUUUCCAGACCAAUGACUCAUGGGGGGAGUCAUGGGGGGAGGUGAGCUUCUGUGCGGAAAGACCCACUCUCAGGUGAUGGCUUAGCAGUCUCUGUGUGGCCUGCCACGUGGACCUCCGGUCCUUUCCAGGCUUGGAGAAGGCCUGGCAGACAACAGCAAGUGAGCAGCCCAGCAGACCUUCCCACAGGGCUCGGUUUGAGUGAGCGUAGAUUGCUUCCCCUUCAUUGAAAGUUUGACGGUGAGAACAUGUAUAUGAGCAUGACAGAGCCGAGCCAGGACUAUGUGCCAGCCAGCCAGUCCUACCCUGGUCCAAGCCUGGAAAGUGAAGACUUCAACAUUCCACCAAUUACUCCUCCUUCCCUCCCAGACCACUCGCUGGUGCACCUGAAUGAAGUUGAGUCUGGUUACCAUUCUCUGUGUCACCCCAUGAACCAUAAUGGCCUGCUACCAUUUCAUCCACAAAACAUGGACCUCCCUGAAAUCACAGUCUCCAAUAUGCUGGGCCAGGAUGGAACACUGCUUUCUAAUUCCAUUUCUGUGAUGCCAGAUAUACGAAACCCAGAAGGAACUCAGUACAGUUCCCAUCCUCAGAUGGCAGCCAUGAGACCAAGGGGCCAGCCUGCAGACAUCAGGCAGCAGCCAGGAAUGAUGCCACAUGGCCAGCUGACUACCAUUAACCAGUCACAGCUAAGUGCUCAACUUGGUUUGAAUAUGGGAGGAAGCAAUGUUCCCCACAACUCACCAUCUCCACCUGGAAGCAAGUCUGCAACUCCUUCACCAUCCAGUUCAGUGCAUGAAGAUGAAGGCGAUGAUACCUCUAAGAUCAAUGGUGGAGAGAAGCGGCCUGCCUCUGAUAUGGGGAAAAAACCAAAAACUCCCAAAAAGAAGAAGAAGAAGGAUCCCAAUGAGCCCCAGAAGCCUGUGUCUGCCUAUGCGUUAUUCUUUCGUGAUACUCAGGCCGCCAUCAAGGGCCAAAAUCCAAACGCUACCUUUGGCGAAGUCUCUAAAAUUGUGGCUUCAAUGUGGGACGGUUUAGGAGAAGAGCAAAAACAGGUCUAUAAAAAGAAAACCGAGGCUGCGAAGAAGGAGUACCUGAAGCAACUCGCAGCAUACAGAGCCAGCCUUGUAUCCAAGAGCUACAGUGAACCUGUUGACGUGAAGACAUCUCAACCUCCUCAGCUGAUCAAUUCGAAGCCGUCGGUGUUCCAUGGGCCCAGCCAGGCCCACUCGGCCCUGUACCUAAGUUCCCACUAUCACCAACAACCGGGAAUGAAUCCUCACCUAACCGCCAUGCAUCCUAGUCUCCCCAGGAACAUAGCCCCCAAGCCGAAUAACCAAAUGCCAGUGACUGUCUCUAUAGCAAACAUGGCUGUGUCCCCUCCUCCUCCCCUCCAGAUCAGCCCGCCUCUUCACCAGCAUCUCAACAUGCAGCAGCACCAGCCGCUCACCAUGCAGCAACCCCUUGGGAACCAGCUCCCCAUGCAGGUCCAGUCUGCCUUACACUCACCCACCAUGCAGCAAGGAUUUACUCUUCAACCCGACUAUCAGACUAUUAUCAAUCCUACAUCUACAGCUGCACAAGUUGUCACCCAGGCAAUGGAGUAUGUGCGUUCGGGGUGCAGAAAUCCUCCCCCACAGCCGGUGGACUGGAAUAACGACUACUGCAGUAGUGGGGGCAUGCAGAGGGACAAAGCACUGUACCUUACUUGAGAAUCUGAACACCUCUUCUUUCCACUGAGGAAUUCAGGGAAGUGUUUUCACCAUGGAUUGCUUUGUACAGUCAAGGCAGUUCUCCAUUUUAUUAGAAAAUACAAGUUGCUAAGCACUUAGGACCAUUUGAGCUUGUGGGUCACCCACUCUGGAAGAAAUAGUCAUGCUUCUUUAUUAUUUUUUUAAUCCUUUAUGGACAUUGUUUUUCUUCUUCCCUGAAGGAAAUUUGGACCAUUCAGAUUUUAUGUUGGUUUUUUGCUGUGAAGUGCUGCGCUCUAGUAACUGCCUUAGCAACUGUAGAUGUCUCGGAUAAAAGUCCUGGAUUUUCCAUUGGUUUUCAUAAUGGGUGUUUAUAUGAAACUACUAAAGACUUUUUAAAUGGCUUGAUGUAGCAGUCAUAGCAAGUUUGUAAAUAGCAUCUAUGUUACACUCUCCUAGAGUAUAAAAUGUGAAUGUUUUUGUAGCUAAAUUGUAAUUGAAACUGGCUCAUUCCAGUUUAUUGAUUUCACAAUAGGGGUUAAAUUGGCAAACAUUCAUAUUUUUACUUCAUUUUUAAAACAACUGACUAAUAGUUCUAUAUUUUCAAAAUAUUUGAAAAUAAAAAGUAUUCCCAAGUGAUUUUAAUUUAAAAACAAAUUGGCUUUGUCUCAGUGAUCAGACAAAAAGAAACUAGUAUUAAGGGAAGCGCAAACACAUUUAUUUUGUACUGCAGAAAAAUUGCUUUUUUGUAUCACUUUUUGUGUAAUGGUUAGUAAAUGUCAUUUAAGUCCUUUUAUGUAUAAAACUGCCAAAUGCUUACCUGGUAUUUUAUUAGAUGCAGAAACAGAUUGGAAAAAGCUAAAUUAUAACAACUUUUACAUAUGGCUCUGUCUUAUUGUUUCUUCAUACUGUGUCUGUAUUUAAUCUUUUUUUAUGGAACCUGUUGCGCCUAUUUAUGAAAUAAUAAAUAUAGGUGUUUGUAAGUAAAUUUGUUAGUAUUUGAAAGAGGUUUCUUUGAUGUUUUAACUUUUGCUGGCAAAAAAAAAAUUCACGCUUGGUGUGAAUACUUUAUUAUUUAGUUUUUACAGUAACAUGAAUAAAGCCAAACCUGCUUUUCAUUUAGCAGCAAAUUAAAGUAACCAGUCCUUAUUUCUGCAUUUCUUUGGUUGAUGCAAACAAAAAACUAUUAUAUUUAAGAACUUUAUUUCUUCAUACAACAUAACAGAAUUGCCCUCCAAGUCACACAAGCUCCAAGACUAAACAAACAGACAGGUCCUCUAUCUUAAAAAGGUUACUUCUUGGUUCUCAGCUGGUUCUAGUCAAUUCUGAACCACCACCCCCUGCCCCCCCCAAAAAAGUAAAAGUCAAACCAAACUUCCUCAAGCUGCAUGCUUUUCACAAAAUCCAGAAAGCAUUUAAGAAUUGAACUAGGGGCUGGAAGAAGUGAAAGGGAAGCAUCUAAAAAUGAAAGGUGGGUAACCAGAUAGCAAAAGAAAAGGGAAAGCCAUCCAAAUUUGAAAGCUAUUGAUAGAAAUUGAGAUUCUUGCUGUCUUUUGUGCCUCUACAAGCUACUACUCAUUCCAGAAUUCCUGGGUCUUCCAAGAGAAUUCUUAAGGUACCAGAGAUUUGCUAGGGAACCAAAAGUGCUUGAGAAUCUGCCUGAGGGCUUGCAUAGCUUUCACAUUAAAAAAAGAAAAAGCUAGCAGAUUACUCCUUUUUAGGGGAUCAUAUCAAGAAAGUUAGUCUGGUUGGAAACCAAGAGAAUGGCUGAUGUCUCUUUCUUGGAAUAUGUGAAAUAAAUUUAGCAGUUUAACUAAAUACAAAUAUAUGCAUUGUGUAAUCCACUCAGAAUUAAACAGACAAAAGGUAUGCUUGCUUUGGAAUGAUUUUAGGCAUUGUACAACCUUGAAUCACUUGAGCAUGUAAUAACUAAUAAAUAAUGCAGAUCCAUGUGAUUAUUAAAAUGACUGUAGCUGAGAGCUCUAAUUUUCCUGUCUUGAAACUGUAUAAGAACUCAUGUGAUUAAGUUCACAGUUUAUUGUUUGUCUGUUUAGUAUUUUAGAAAUAUACCAGCACUACUAAUUAACUAAUGUCUUUUAUUUAUUAUAUUAUGAUAAAGUAAAAAUUUCACUUGCAUUAAGUCUAAACUGAGAAGGUAAUUACUGGGAGGAGAAUGAGCAGCUUUGACUUUGACAGGCGGUUUGUGCAGGAAAGCACAGUGCCGUGUUGUUUACAGCUUUUCUAGAGCAGCUGUGCGACCAGGGUAGAGAGUGUUGAAAUUCAAUACCAAAUACAGUAAAAACACAUGUAAAUAAAAGAAAACACAUCAUCAAUAAAACUGUUAUUAUGCGUGACCGUA